AUGGGCCAAACAUUCAGCUUUAUGAACAUCUUCAGCAAGCUCUGGGGCGUGCAGAAGGAAAUCCGAAUUCUUAUCUUGGGCUUGGACGGUGCCGGUAAAACCACCAUCCUAUACCGCUUGCAGAUGGGUGAGGUUGUCACCACAAAGCCCACCAUCGGAUUCAACGUGGAAACCUUGAAAUACAAAAACUUGACCUUGAACAUAUGGGAUCUUGGUGGCCAGACCUCCAUCCGUCCGUACUGGAGAUGCUACUACAGCAACACCGCUGCUGUUAUAUUCGUGGUGGACUCCACCGAUAAAGACCGUAUCGACAUUGCCUGCAAGGAGCUCCACACUAUGCUAAAGGAGGAGGAAUUGCUAGAUAGCGCCCUUUUGGUGUUCGCCAACAAGCAGGACCAGCCAGGCGCCUUGACUGCCGCCGAGGUGUCCCAGGCUCUCAGUCUAACAGAUUUAAAGGACAGAAGCUGGAGUAUAGUGGCCUCCAGCGCCAUCCGUGGCGAGGGCCUCAACGAAGGCUUGGACUGGCUCAUGGACGUCAUCAAGGACGAGCAGUUGUAA